CUUCUAUCCCGCAGGUCCCUCGCCUCAGUCACCUUCUUCGAACUCAACCACCUCCAAAUGUCUCAGAUCCCGGUUUUAUUUUAUUUUAUUUUUCUCGGAAUUGAGGUCUGAACCACCAUAGUCUGGAACUUACUUAAUCUGUACGUUCCUCUAUGCCAUUCAUUCUCUUGGUUUGACGAGUCCUCCCUCGAUCUUAGCCUUACGAUCUCGGCAUGCAAGUUCUCUCAACUGUCAUUUCUCGACGUGGGUUAUCUCGGUUGGCUAUAGGUUCGCGGGCUGCGGCAGCAAGUAUCGGUAAUUCGGCAACAUUGAGAUUGGCCAGUACAUCUCUAGAAGGCACUGCCGUAUCUCGUCCUACUCCUGGCUCUUCGUUACACCAGAUUCGCGCCAUGUCUUCACCUGCGCAAAACGAGCUGCGGUUCAAGAACCCAAGAAUCUUGUAUGUAUAUCAUUACUUUCGAUCUGACAGAAACGCCUAAUCAAAGAGUGGUGUGGUAUAGCGUUUGCGAUAUUCAAGAAAAGUUCCGCCAUGUCAUUCACGAAUUCGAUAGCAUCGUCCUCACCACUCAAAAGCUCCUCAAGUUCGCAAACACUCUCUCCGUUCCCGUCGUAACCACGACCCAAACCUCAGCAAAGCUUGGUCCCACAGUUUCAGCUCUAGCACAGCUCCUCCCCUCGUCACCACACGACAAGACACGCUUCUCCAUGUCCAUUCCCUCCAUCACCGUCGAUCUACCUCACAGCUCAGAAAUCGCUCUUGUCGGCAUUGAGUCUCAUAUCUGCAUUACCCAGACAGCCCUCGAUUUGCGCGACGCAGGACAUAAGGUAUAUGUCAUUGCCGAUGGAGUAUCGAGCUGUAAUCCUCGCGAAGUCGACAUUGCCCUCGAUCGAUUGCGUGCCGAGCCCGGAAUCACGGUCACGUCGAGCGAGAGCUGGAUGUACGAAUGCGUGGGAGAUUCGCAACAUCCUGCUUUCAAGGGACUGAUUGGUGUUGUCAAGGAGUCAAUUGCAGACACCAGAAAGGUUUGGCAGGCCUUGCCUCCUGGAUCUAAGAUCUAGGCGUAGUGGCAUACUUAUUUAAUGAUAGAUUAGACAUACAUUUGCAUAGUACAAACAUCAUUGCUGUCAAUUUCUCUUCCUUUCUUUUCUAGCAAAGCAUCAAACCGCCUUUGCCUCUAUUGUUUUCUGUUUGGUUUUGUUUGGUUUUGUUACAUCAAGUCGCAAUCGUCUUUAUCAAUCAUAGCUAUCUAAGAAACCCAAAUGACCGGGUCAUUGCGAUUCUGCAUUUCUUUGAGUCCGCCCAUUUAUGGUCUCCACAGACUAACUUAGAGAAUAAACUUCAAGGGACCUGAAAGUCUACACGGCUGAUAAAGAAAGGAAUGGCUACUGGCAAGCCAUUCAAUCACAUUACUCUGAGCCCGCGGUUGUUUUGGCUUUGGAUGUUGGUGUCAUCCAUGAGAACGCUGACGCCACUCCGACGGGGUUGGCAGACCUAGGCAGGGAAUUGUUGCUAUUGGCGUUGGCGUUGGCGCUGCGACCAUCACGACUUGGAGGUGGGAGCGACUGUGACUGCGAUUGCGUUUUGUGUUCGCUGCUCAUGCUCACCGCACGCUUAGCCUCCCAUCUAUUGGCAGGAGUACCACCGUUCUCCCCAACGCUGACUUGACUCUUGCGUCGACCAUCUCCCAGGCCUUUAGACGAAGAGGCAUCAUAAGAAGAAACUGUCCUCGAGGCCGACUUCUGGGGCUUCAGAACUUUCAUGUUGCGGCCUCGACCGGCAGGUUGAUAUCCACUCAGUGAACCAUCUCUGUGCGGACCGUCCACUCCGUUCCCUGAUCCAUGGCGCCAUGAGCCCCAAAUCCCUGAAAGGGGUUCU